AUGUGGGGGGCUAUAAAGGACCGUAAAAGCCUUUUGAAGAAGAAGUUUCAGUGUUUGACUCAAGAAAACUCCAAGCAGGGAAACCCCACACUCCUCAAUGAGAUAUAUACAGAAGUCUACAUCACAGAAGGGGGCAGUGGAGAGGUCAACGAUGAACAUGAGGUCAGACAGAUUGAGGCAGCAUCCAAGAGAUCAGCUACAUAUGACAAACCAAUCAAAUGCAAUGACAUCUUUAAACCCUUACCUGGACAAGAAAAGGACAUUAGAACUGUGCUGACAAAGGGAGUGGCUGGCAUUGGGAAAACGGUCUCUGUGCAGAAGUUCAUUCUGGACUGGGCUGAAGAAAAAGCCAAUCAGGAUGUCCACUUCAUAUUUCCUCUUCCUUUCCGUGAGCUUAACUUAGUAAAGGAGGAACACCUCAGUUUAGUGGGUCUGAUUAAACGAUUCUUUGGUGACAUCCAUGAUUUCAGCAUUUUCACUGAUGACAAAUGCAAAGUGCUGUUCAUCUUAGAUGGUCUUGAUGAGUGCCGGAUUCCUCUGAAUUUCAACUCCACCUCAAAGUGCUGUGAUAUAACAGAAGUAACCACAGUGUCUGCUUUGCUGACAAACCUCAUCAAGGGGACUCUGCUUCCCUCUGCCCUCCUCUGGAUCACAUCCAGACCAGCAGCAGCCAGCCAGAUCCCUCCUGAGUGUGUUGACCAGUUGACAGAAGUCCGGGGAUUCAGAGACAGCCAGAAGGAGGAGUACUUUAGGAAGAGAGUCAGAGGUGAGGACUUGGCAAACAGAACCAUCACACAUCUGAAGUCAUCCAGGACCCUCUACAUCAUGUGCCACAUUCCUGUCUUCUGCUGGAUUGCUGCCACUGUGCUGAAGAUAAUGUUGAUGGAAAGCAACACAGGAGAGAUCCCCAAGACUCUCACUCAAAUGUACAACCGAUUUCUGAUGAUUCUGACAGACAUCAAACAGAAGUUCAAAAACAGAAAAGAGACAGAUGAAGGGAUGAUUUUCAAACUGGGAAAACUUGCUUUUCAACAGCUGCAGAAAGGCAACCUGAUCUUCUAUGAGGAGGAUCUGAGAGAGUGCAGCAUUGACACCACAGAGGCUUCAGUGUACUCAGGAGUAUGUACCCAGAUCUUCAGAGAGGAGGCCGGGCUGUACCAAGGGAAGGUGUUCUGCUUUGUGCAUCUCAGUAUCCAGGAGCAUCUUGCUGCCUUAUAUGUGCACCUCACUCUCGUCAUCCAGAAGGAAAAUGUUCUUGACCAAGCAGCCACAUUCAAAUCCAUGUUUGCUCGGUUUUUAGGGUCGUCACCCUUGUUUGACCUGCACAAGACAGCAGUAGAUCUGGCCUUAGAGUGUGAAAAUGGACAUCUGGACCUUUUCCUUCGCUUCCUAUUGGGCCUUUCCCUGGGGUCCAAUCAGAGUCUAUUGAGAGCUCUGCUGCCACAGGCAGCCAUCCAAUCACAAUGGACAAAUGAAACGGUCAAGUACAUCAAGCUGAAAAUCAAGGAGAAUCCCUCAUCAGAGAAAUGUAUGAAUCUGUUCCACUGCCUCAAUGAGCUGAAUGACAAAUCCCUAGUGGAGGAAAUCCAAAGAUAUCUGAAGACAAGAGGAGGUCUACAUGGAGCUAAACUCUCCCCUGCACAGUGGUCAGCUGUGGUGUUUGUGCUGCUGACCUCAGAUCAGCAGCUGGAUGAGUUUGACCUGAGUAAAUAUGGUGGAUCAGAGGAAUGUCUGCUGGGGCUGAUGCCUGUGGUCAAGGCCUCCAGAUCAGCAAAGCUGCGUAGCUGUAACCUGACAGGGGAAAGCUGUUUCUCUCUGGCUUCAGCCCUCAGCUCAGGAUCCAGUCUCAAACAGCUGAGUCUGAAUUGGAAUAAUCUGAAGGACUCUGGAGUGGCACUUCUUAGUGCUGCAUUAGGAAAUCAACUCUGUCAACUGGAGACACUAGAUGUGCCCCAUCAGCUAUGCUUCAUCCAUCACUGGGGUCCCUCACACCGGGGUCACCAAUCGGGGGUCAAUGGGUACUCGUCCGAUGGCCUCACGAUAGCCAUCCCACUUCUGACACCAUUUGUAGCGAAGGGGAGUACAGUUUCCCCGCUUGGACUUGAACCCGAACUGGGGCUCUGA